AUGCUCACACAAUUGUUCACUUCGUCAGCAAUUGCUGCUUGGUCAAUUGCAUCAGUACUGCCCGUAGGCUCGUGUGGACCUACUGCUCAUAAGGUUUUCUCACGAACACCCGCAGCUGGAAUAGACGUCAAGUCGCUUGCAGCACAGUUGUCUAGUAAUGCACAGAUCUACUAUCCUGGAAGCGAGUUGUUCACCGACUAUACUGUCCGCUGGUCGAAUCUUGCACCCCCAACACCCAAUGUUGUCAUAGCACCUGGAACAGAGACUGAUGUGUCCUAUAUCGUCAAAUUUGCUGCUGAGCACGAUAUCCCCAUUCUUGCUUACAACGGACACCAUGGAACUUUGACCAGUUUGGGCAAAAUGACAUAUGGCAUCCAAAUCUAUAUGCCUCAAUUGAGCUCCAUCUCUAUCGCUGAGAACGGAUCAUCUGUCACAAUUGGUGGUGGCACCAACAGUAAGAAGGUGGUGGACGCUCUGUGGACAGCGGGCAAGCAAACUGUCACUGGAACAUGUGAGUGUGUCAGCUACCUCGGACCAGCGUUGGGAGGUGGUCACGGUUGGCUUCAGGGUCAUCACGGAUUGAUUUCCGAUCAAUUCGAGUCAAUGAACGUCGUCCUGGCAAAUGGCGAUGUGAAGACAAUCAACGCUCAAUCGGAUUUGUGGUGGGCCAUGCAAGGAGCUGGACACAAUUUUGGCAUCGUCACCUCUGUCACGUCCAAGAUUUACGACAUUGAAGACACAGAUUGGGCAAUUGAGACCAUAGUCCUCAGUGGCGACAAUGUCGAGGCAAUCUACGAGGCCGCCAACGAGGUGUUCAUCAACAGUGGCACCCAAAGCACGAAAAUUCACAACUGGUCUUACUGGCAGAAUGAUGCAAGUCUCGACGCGGAGAAGCCUGUUAUUAUAAUGUACAUCAUCCAAGAAGGAGUGAAGGCGGUCGACCCUAAAUACACGAAACCUUUCCAUGAUCUGGUCCCUCUCAAAUCUACACCGCAAUCCGGAACAUACCACGAUCUCGCUGCUUGGACCGGUAUUGCAUUGGACUCUCCUCCGUGCCAGGACUUCGGCUUCAAUAACCCCAGGUUCCCCAUCUACACCAAGGCCUACAACACCACUGCACAGAAGAAAGCAUACGAAAUUUACGCAUCCGCCAUCGGAGGUGCCGACUCCCCCUACACCAACUCAAUAUUCAUGUUCGAAAACUACGCUAGCGAAGGCCUCCGCAGCCGUCCUGCUGACGUUUCGGCAUUUGCAUUCCGUGAUGCGCACAUUUUGGCUGCGCCGCUCAUCAUCUAUGCGCCAUCGAGCACGGCGGAAGACGAUGCUGUUAAGCAGCUUGGCAAUCAGCUCCGAGAGGUCCUCAGAGAGGGUACGGGAAGCGAGGAGCUUCAUACUUAUGUCAACUAUGCGUACGGAGACGAGGGUACCGAGAGUUGGUUUGGCUAUGAGACAUGGCGUCAGGAUCGUCUCAAGGAGUUGAAGAACAAGUACGACCCAGAAGGAAAAUUCUCCUUCUAUGCACCCAUCUCUCAGUAG